UCACACUGCAAUUCUCCGAGGCAUGUGAAUUUUAAAAAUCUCUAGAAAGUGAACUCUGGACUAUAAAGGACAAGGAUCCAACACGAGUAUAUUUAUAUCUGACUCUCUUGUCAUCUUGUUGGCCAGAGACGGCCCUUUAUAAUCUCGAAGGUAUAUGUAUAUAACGUUAUUAUUUCUGUAUUAUGUCGUUUUAAGUCUGGUUCAUUGUAUAAUAAUACUAAUCUGAAUGUGUCUCUGUAGCUGUGUUGUCAGUUGGUUUGCGCAAACAAAUGAAAGCAAUCACCUGGACGAAGAGUCCGGAGGAGCGAAGCGGCUGAGCAGGUGUGCGAAGGGUAGCUGUUGGCUCUCUCCCUUUUCACCUUGGACCGUCCAUUCCUCCCAGGAGUUUCAUCUCAAAUUACAGUUAACUAGUAAGCUUGUUACUACUUGCCUACUAUACUACUAGAAACUCUGAAUUAUACUACUGACUUUUGUUGAUUGUACCCUGAGCCACUUAUUGUUCUCCUUUUUGUGAAUCUCUGUGAUCACCUUUAUUUAUUUCACUUGGAAGAAUUGGAACCCCGAGAAUUAGUGAUGGACAAAGCUGUAUUUAAAAAGAUAAGAAGAGGCGACAAGUAGAAACAGUAACUAAGUACAUAAUAUCAAGUUAUUUUUAUUUCCAUUUGAAGUUUAUGCUCAGUCUUAAUGGGUGGCCCGAUGUAUGUCUUUGCAUGUGGCUACUUCUUUUAAAGGAGAGGCUGUAAAGCUGUACCAUACACUUUGUGCACCAAGAAUGAAGAAGUUCUAGUUCCAGUGUUCAGCAGAUGGAUGCCGAAAAAUAUUUCGAGCAAUUCAUUCACAACCUUGUUUAUGACAAUCACGGUACAUCAAACUUCCAUCUAAUUACCUUAUAUUUUGCAUUUUUCUAAUUAGUCUUGCAUCAUGCAUCCCUAAUUACCUUGAAUUAUGCACUGUAGAAUAGUAGUAAGCGUUUUAGCUGACUGCUAGCAGUUAGCCAUUCAGCUAGCGCCUGUAGCGGAGUACCGUGCACGUAACUCCUGGUGCUCAGUGAGCAGGGCCGUGCUGAGGGGCAGAAGGGGCAUCUGCCUAGUGCCCCGAGCUUUUGAUGCAUGUGGUAACUAGGCUCCAUUUUGUUCCCUGUGCCCCGGGCCCUGCGGGGGCGAAGAACGGCAUAGAGCUCAUAGAAGCACUCUGGGUAUAUGUUGUCCCCUCUCUUUCUUGCCCACUGGGUGCAGAUUAGAUGUCGUGUCACGCCAUGUCUUCUUGUUUGUUUAGCCAGGUAAAAUACGAUUAUCUUUCCGACGUGCAGUUUUAUGUAGGCAUAUUAAAAAAUAUUUGAAUGUUACCCUCGUAUUUUUCUGUCUGGGAAGAUCUCUCGGUGUCGCACUCUUGACCUCUUUGGGGAAAAAAAAACCCUAGGGGGAAUACUAAGAAAGUCUGUAUUGUCGUCUUAUACGGGCUUCAGUUUUUUCGGCAAUAACAUUGGUGAUUGCUUAAAGCUCUGUACGAGCCAUCUCUCAAACCUAGAUUCAACUUCUCAUUCUUGAUAUUUUCUUUGCGUAAACAAAUUAAAAAGUUUAAAAAGUUUUAAGGCAUCACAUACAGAUAGUGGCAUGAAACGAGAUCUGAACCCAGAAAAUUUUAACAGCAGUGGUGACAAGCGGGGGUCUAAACCCCUAAGUCAUGUGGGUUUCCCGGUAGCAAGUCUGCGGAAAGACGUUUUUUGCUUUAUUUAUCCAUCUUGUGUCAUGUGACCAUUGUUGCUGACAACGCGUUAAGCACUAAGCAAUUAGCCAUCCGGUAGCUCCUGGCAAUGCCGCGUGCAUCUGUGUCCGAGGUGCCUAGCGCGUGCAGCGGGGUCACAAUGCUUCUGUUAGGUAUGCGCACACUCUUAUCCGGCGUUGACACGAUAGUAGCCCAGCAACCGUCCGUGCACAAUCAGGGGGAGAGGUGUAGGGGUGGCCUUAGGUAUGUGCAAACUGUGCACCUGCAUAUAGCAACCUGUAACAGACAGGUGGGAGGGAUAUCAUCGUUGUGAAAAAUCUUUAUCGUUCAGUUUUGAUGCGUCCUUAUGCCGAACGUCAGAAAAGUAAUGCUACAAUCAAACUCAAUUCGCGGAAUCUCAAGAUUAGGCCCCCCUCCCAUGUUUUCCUUUAAUCUCAUUCAAGGGGAGAUGACCCUGCAACUCUGGGACUCCCACGUCUCCGUUUCCCCCUUUCUCAAUGUGCCGGUCGACCACUUCAAGCCCCUAUCCGCUAUCAGCUGCUUGACAGAUGAGUUUCUGGACUUCCCAUCGCCAUAUUUGUAGACGUUAGUAGAACGAGCGCUCGCUAACUUCCUGCGGUCAGAGGCUCGACCCUCGGUGAACGCUGCAUUGUGCACGCCCUGCUUCUCAAAAUCCAUUUCAACUGAUGCAGGGCUGUGAACAUGAGGCACAGCAAGCGAUUGAAACGUUAGGCGAAGGGGAGAGGAGAUUCAGAGGCGGUCAUCUUUGGAGAUUUUUUUCCCUCUAAAAGUUUCAUCUUUUUUUAUUUCAGGAUGUAGAAAAUAAAGGAGUUUCCUCAGAGGACGACUAAGUUGUUUUACUGUGACAAUUUUUGAAAGGAAUUCUGCUAUAAUGUACAAAUUCUUCAGUGUGCUAGGACUGUUCUUCUGGAAUUUCUGGUCUGCGAGCCUUUAUUUUAACAGGCCUUUCCAAGUAAUGUCAGCCGCACCCAAAAGCGAGGUAGUGAAGAUUUUCCAGAUUAGUCCGUUCGAUACUGCAAACCUGUCUCAGUCUUCUAGUCCGUUGACCCCAAAAGUGUCGGAAACUAAUCGAGAAAACUCGAAGCACAGUAGCUUAACAUCCAGCAGUCAAAACGAUGCCAACAAUGGAUCUUUUACUGUGUCCUUACUACAAAAUCCUAAAAGCAUCCCACGGGAUGCUUCUAAAGACUUCAUUGAGAAUUGGAAUCUUUCUGACGACAUUCUGACACCUUUCUCUUCCGGUGAGGAACGAAAAGAUAAAAUCACUCUGGGACGAGGUGGGCCUUUCUGUACCAGAGUAGAGGAAAUAAAUACCGAAGAAGGACAAGGUAUAUUACAAGAAAGUCUGGGAAAUCUUGUCAAUGAUGAAAGUUACAGAAAUGACAAUGAAGAUCAAACUGUCGAUAAAGAUGAUGAAGAUUCCAAGGUAGGAUCACAUGAUAAUAACGGUGAAAACAACGACGAAGAUUCUUUUCGGCGAAAACGCUUUGAUUCCAUUGAGGCACCGGAAGACUAUUUUAGAGAUCAGGCCAUGGGUCAGCAAAAAGAUAAUUCUAACGGUUUUACCAGUAAUUUGAUGACGUCUGCUGGGCUUGCGGCUUCUUGGCCAGAAAGCGGAAUCACCACUGCACAACCUGUUUCCCAGGACAUCCCUUGCGACGACUUCGUGUGUGACUGCAGCAAGAAGAAGAAGCAAGCCAGCUGUUGUGGCCGCCAGUAUAAGCUACGUCACAUCCCACGUGUUCCUGCCUACGUCACCACCUUCCGCCUGUGGAUGGCCAGCCUCGGAGAACUGACUAAAGAAAAGCUUGGAAACCUUUCCAACUAUCACAUUAAAACGAUGGACCUACAGAACAACCGCAUAAUGAUCUUGGACAAUGACACCUUCGUCCUCUUUACACAUCUGGAAAGCCUUGACCUAGGAAGUAAUCCCAUAUCUGCAGUCAUGCUGAGAGAUGCCUUCUACAGCAUCGGAUCCUCAAAGUUCGUGGCCUUGAGACUAGACUCCAUGUUCAUUUACGACCUUCCAGACAACUUCUUCGACGCCUUCCAAAACAAAUCAUUCGAUAUUAUCUCCAUUGCCAACAACAGCCUCACAACUUUCAACGCAAGAACAUUUUCUCCUUUUCGGUCUGUGAUUAGACUAAUCCUGUCUGACAAUAGCAUCUAUAGCUUCGUGUUGAACAACACUGUGUACGCAAAAAAACUUCAUCUUGAACGAAACGUGCUCACUAGUCUCCCCUUACUAUGCAGUUCUAAUGGCGGCCUGGUUUUCCCAAACCUCUUUUCGCUUUAUCUGGGUGGAAACCCGUUCAAAUCCGUAUCUGCAGGAAUCCUGAGAGGGCUCUGCCUGCCCAAGCUGCAUAAAUUAGACAUUAGCUCCUCCAUCGUCCUAAAGAGCCUGGGAAACAACUUUGUGGCAGACUUGCCCAUGCUGGUGAAUCUGAUGGCGGGAAACAUGGCAUCACUAUCCCGCUACGAACCCUUCUGCUUCAACAGUUCCUCCCUGGAAAAGUUGUUUUUGAAAGGAAACAAGGUCUGGGACUAUGGCACCAUCGUCCCGGGGGAGAUCUUUGCUCAUGCUCCGAAUCUGAAGACAGUGGACAUGACAAAGAUCAAGUUUAACUUAAACACGGAAGUCGAUUUGGCUCGCAUGCUUCUUCCCGCAAAGUCUUUGGUCACGCUGAAUAUGGAAGCCUGCCUUCUGGGCAGCCUACCUGCUGACACAUUUUCCCAGCUGCCCAAUCUUCGAACGCUGGAUUUCAUCGGCAACCACAUCAGUGCAUUCAGUCUGGCACCUGCCUUUCGAAACGUCACGCGGCUGGACACGCUGAUCCUGCAGGCCAAUCAAAUCACAAUCGUCAACGAGAGCACCUUCCCGCUGGAGUUCCGGCGUUCCAUUCGCGUGCUGGACCUCAGCAAGAACGACUUCGCCUGCACAUGCGACCUGCUCUGGUUCAAAUCCUGGAUAGAGCAGGAGCGAAAAUCUGGGAACAUAAGCUUCCCGGACUACCCAAAAUACUACCGCUGUCGCACCCCGGACAAUCUUCGCGGCCAGUACAUCUCGGACUACAACCCAAGCUACAGGGACUGCCACCCUUUGAGCAUUUAUGUCGUGGUUGGCAGUGCCGUUGGGGCGGUUGUCCUGGUAACGGCCCUGACAUUGAGUCUGGCAUAUCGGUAUCGCUGGUACCUUCGUUACUACGUCUACCGACUGAGGCGGCGACGACAAUACAAGCCUAUCGUAGAUGAGGACGAUGGUAUCGUCUACGAUAUCUACAUCGCGUACAGCCAGUUCGAUGUCGAGUGGGUGGCGCAAGAGUUGGCCCCUCUCCUGGAGGCAUCGCCUGAUGUGAAGAACGUGUUCGUCAAGGACCGGGACCAGGGCGCCGGCGCAGUAGCCGACAACAUCGUGCAGUACAUGGACCAGAGCUCGCGCAUCGUCCUCGUGCUGAGUGACGGCUACGCCAGGGAGGGCUGGAGUGGCUACGAGUUCAACAACGUCAUCUACGCCGCCAACGAGCAGCACAAGGAUGUCAUCGUCAUCCUCAAGGGCGACAUCGAGGCCGGAAGACUGACCAAAGACAUGCGCAGGCUGCUGACAGGCGGAACAUUCCUGCACUGGGAGGAGACGGAGGAAGCGAUGGGUAUGUUCAAAGACGCACUCAACGUAGCACUACGGACUCGAGGAAACCUACAGGAGCUUGUCUGACAGUCUCUUCCUUCCUCGCACUACUUUGGGUGCACUUCUGUGCCCCUAUUUUGGGGAAAUCGUGGAAUAAUCUCUGAAUUGUUGAAUUAAAAAAAACCAUUGCAACGAUAGUUAAUUAUGAACUUGAAGGAAGUUUCCUUGGUCUGCAGUUGAUUCAACAUCCGCAGUCAAAUUCUUCCUUGGCUUACAUGUCUUUUCCUGGACUGACUGAUUUUCUAUAAAUAUGUAUUCACGUGGGCUGUCCUUUGGAACUUUGCACCUGUACAGGCAACGAAUACCUGUGAAUACGAGUGUGUUCUCUGGAAGCUGCAUGCGUGUAUGAAUGAGCGUGCUGUGUGUGUGUGUGUGAGCGUGCCUGCUUUUAUAUAUACGAAGAUGUUUAUAUGUUCCUGAGAAAGAGAAAAUGUAGCAGAAAAAGGUGAUGUCAAUAAAUAGUAGAAAUUGAUAAUGCUAAAAUAAAUAAUAUCCUUUUGAGAAUUUAAAA